UCACUUUUCAAAGUUUCCUUUUAAAUAGUCGGCCCAGUACUAUAGUUAAUUGUGUUCUGUCAACGGCUUCAGGCUAAAAUCAAUGCAUAAAAAUAAUACUUGCGGAAGGAAAUUCUGAAAAAAGAUGGAAUCGGCAAUCAUGAAUUUAGAAGAGAGCGUCCAGAAAGCUGACGGAAAAUUGGACAUGAUCGCCUGGCAAAUUGACGUUUUUGAAAAAGAAUUUCAAGAUCCCGAAAGCGAGAUUUCUGUACUGAGACUUCUGCGUUCAGUGACACAAGUGAAGGAAGAAUAUCAAACAUUGCGUCAGGAUAUUCUCGAAGUUCAUCAAUUACAGAAGCAAUUGUCAGAUUCAUUAAGGGCCCAACUCUCGCAAGUACAGGGACACUUCAACGUUCUACGAAACAAAAUCAUAGGCCGAAGUAAAAUUCCUCAACUUAAGUAAGAUGACAAUUUUCUUUGUUGAAAAAACCAAACUUCUAUUAUUUCGAAGCAAAUUUAUAAACAAAGAAAAAUUAUUUAAAAUAUUCGACGUUUGAUUUAAAAUGAAAUCAAAAAAACUUAAAAUAGCUUUGGAAAAUAUGAAUUAUUUAUUAAUUUUUAAAAUGAGCAUUUUUAUUUUAAAAUUGCUUGAGAGAAAAAUGAAAUGAUCUCAAGGCAAAAGCAAUAAAGGCGCUAAUCGUUUUCGCAAAUAAGUUCAGAUUUAGAAAACAAAAAAAAAAUGUUGGAAUAAUUUUAGCUGUUAGUGAAUUAAAAAAAUAUAUUUUGCACUCAAAUAGCGUAGAAUGUUGUGCAAUACAAAGCUUUCUAUAUAAGAAAUUAAUGACCUAAACUUAAAUACUUUGCAUGCUUCCAUAUUUAGAUCAAAUUUCUUUCUAAUUAGCUUUCAAUCCAUUAAAAAAAAUCUUUCAAACUAAAAUAACAAAAAUUCUCCGUUACACAUUUUUAAAUUUUUCAACACAAUUUUAUGCAUUUUAAAGAAUAAUAAUUAACGAAGACAACUUCUUUGUCUGAUUUUUUCAACUUAGUUUUUGCUCAGAAUAGAAAAAUAAUAGAACUUGUUGAGGAAUAUCAAAAAAUUAAUUGUUGAGAAAAGAAAAAAAUAUUCACUGAAGAAUAGAAAACCAUUGCCUUUAAAAUGUGCUGUGUUGAAAAAUACACAUCCGAAAAUAAAUUAUUAUUUAUGACUAAAAAAAUUCGAAUACACUCGAAGUUUACACAAACAAACGAUGUGGAGAUGAAUCCAUAUUUUUUAUGGGUCCUUUGGGUUUUUUGUCCUAUAGAUAUUUUGAUACAAGUCAAUUUUUUGAAAAAUACUAUAAAGCUCAAUUUUUCUAUACACCCUUUUAAAGAAGACAUUUUUUCUCGAAAAUUUUCAGUAUUAGUCGACUGACAGAAAAAACUAUAUAAAAGCCGAAUUGCACUUACAUUCAUAAAAGACAUCGAUUUAGCAAAAAAAAAAGUCACAAUUCACAUUAAAUCAAAACACAAAUCUUGACUAUUUCGAUUUAAAAUUCUAAAACUUCUUAAAUAAUCAGGGUUGCCACU